CUUCCUGUUUGUGACAGUGACAUGUCCUGUUGCUGAUUGGUACACCUGUUACUCCUCAACAUUUCCUGCUAUUUUCUGGCUCUGAAUCUUAAAACAGUUACUCCGGUUGGAUCCCAGUCAUUUUUAUUUUGAUUUAAAUUGUAGGAUUUCUGUUUUCACGAGAGGCUGUCGAUGUUUUAAUGCUUAAACAUCAGCAUGUUGUGACUUCCUCUCCCUGUCUUCCGUGUGGAUCUUCCUCCUGUGUUCUUCCUGGAGGGACUCUCUGCAUUUAUGGUCACAUGAAUGUCAGCGCUGCAGGCCAGAUGCUGGUGAUGGAGGAGCUUGUCAGUGAGAGCGACAGCAUGCCAAAGCGGAUGGCCCUGAUCUGCUUCCUGUCUCUGGUCAUGCUGAUGAGCGUCCUGGGAAACCUGCUGGUCAUGGUCGCGGUCUGCAAAGACAGACAACUCAGGAAAAUCAAGACCAACUAUUUCAUCGUGUCUCUGGCGUUCGCUGACCUGCUGGUGUCGGUGUUGGUGAUGCCGUUCGGCGCCAUCGAGCUGGUCCACCAGCACUGGAUCUACGGCGAGACCUUCUGCUUGGUGAGGACGUCGCUGGACGUCCUGCUGACCACUGCCUCCAUCCUUCACCUGUGCUGCAUCGCUCUGGACAGGUACUACGCUAUCUGCUGCCAGCCUCUGGUCUACCGGAACAAAAUGACGCCGAUGCGAGUGGCUCUGAUGAUCGGUGGCUGCUGGGUCAUCCCCACGUUCAUCUCCUUCCUGCCCAUCAUGCAGGGCUGGAACAGCAUCGGCAUCGACCACGUGAUCGAGGAGAGGCGCCACAGCGGGGGCAGCAACACCACCUCCUGUGUCUUCAUGGUCAACAAGCCAUACGCGCUCACCUGCUCCCUGGUGGCCUUCUACAUCCCCCUGGUGCUGAUGGUGCUGGCCUACCAGAGGAUCUACGUCACGGCGCGGGCCCACGCCCUGCAGAUCAGCAUGCUGCAGCGCGCGGGGGGCGCCGGGGGCCCCGACUCGGCCGACCAUCAGCGCAACCACCGCAUGCGGACAGAGACGAAGGCGGCAAAGACUCUCUGCAUCAUCAUGGGCUGCUUCUGCCUUUGCUGGGCGCCGUUCUUCGUCACCAACGUGGUGGACCCGUUUAUAGACUACAGGGUGCCGGACCAGCUGUGGACCGCCUGUCUGUGGCUGGGCUACAUCAACUCCAUGCUGAACCCCAUCCUCUACGCCUUCCUCAACAAGUCCUUCCGCCGUGCCUUCCUCAUCAUCCUGUGCUGUGGGAGAAAGAGGUACCGACGGCCGUCCAUCCUGACGUCGGGCGCCGCCUGCGCAGCCACGCAGAUCAAUGGCUCCACGCACGUCCUCAACGGCUGCUCCUCUGCCUCCAAGCUGCUGCUCUGGUUCUGCAACACCAGACCAGUUCCUGUGUAGCUGCUGUGUUUUAGGGCCUCUCCAGGUUCUGUCAAGUAUUCUGUCCUUCACAACGGGAACCACAAAGAGCAGGAGAAGAAGCCUCUGCACUCGAACACAGAGUCCUCCCACGAGUCCUGUUUGUGACCCACGGAGACUCCGCUGUCACCGCUCCAACAACCUGGGCUCCCACAGCGCCGCCACCGACGCCGCGGCCGUCACACAUCCAGAACUGGAAUCCGAACCCUGAAGACGGACUGACAGGAGGAGGACUGGAGCAUGGCUGCUGGUUGGGGUGCUCAGCCAGAACCUGAGCGAGGUGCGACGGGGCUGAACAGCUGCAGCCAGUUCCCGGUUCUGCAGGAGUUCUGCAGAGACUGAGCUGGCCCGGUCUGAGCCAGCGGAGAGCCUGGAGCUGUGCUGGACUUCAGACGGGACUUGUGACUGCGCUGGCAGACAAAUAUGUAGCCAAAGUGAUUUUCAUACCCAUUCAGUGGACCUAAUUCUGUUAAUAUGAUGCUCCCUGUCGUUUUCCAGCAAAGAAAGAUAAAAAUUAGAUUUUUAAAAUUGUUUCUUGUAAACGGAGAUGAGGAGUGUUGAUGUCUGAAAGGAGCGGAGGAGGAGGAGGAGGAGGAGGAGGAGGAGGAGGAGGAGGAGGAGGCAUCUUUUUGUAAACAUCACAUUAAACAUCACAUGUCUGCUUUGACUCAGAGCUGUUUGUCUUUAUUUUGAAGCUCAGCAGCAGAAGUUAAGAGGAUCAGGACGUCCACUUCCUGCUGGCUGGGAUUCUCCGUCUCUGCUCCACUUUGACCACCGACGGUCUCAUUGAUCUGAGAAAACGAGCUGCUCUCUUUACAAACUCUCGUCUUUUCUCUCCUUUUGUUUCCCUAUGAAUGCGUCGUCUCCUCACAGGUUCAACUCAAAGCAUUAAUU